AUGAUCACCGGCCUCGCCCAUAUCAACCUCACCGUCCCACAGGGCACCUUAUCCGCUGCCACAGAAUUCUACGGCAAUACGCUUGGUCUGACCCAGCGUCCCGUGCCAAGUUUACAAAAGGACAGGUUAGCUUGGUUCGACAUCAUUCCCAGCGAGGAGAAGAAGAAGGCAAAGGAGAACAGCAAUGGCCUUGACGGAAGUCACCCGAGUCCCCCGUAUCAGCAGCUCCAUAUCGCAUUCGGACCAGCCGUCGAGUUUCUCAAGGAGAAUCAGUCCUCGCGUCAUCCGUGUUUCAGGCUCGCAUCGCCCGAGGCGCUACUUGAGUUGAGGCAGAGGAUUUGGGAUCAUUUCUUGAGAGGUGGCGAGGGCGCGCCGAGGGAGGCGGACGAGCCCGGGACGGAGAAUAGUGGUGAGUACUGUUGA